AUGCAGUACGAACAAAUCCCCAAGAACGACACAGACUCCGUCCCUCCCUACGAGGAGCUUGACAUGGACCCGCGACCACCGCAGAACCCUAUCUCGGGGUACUCCUCCGUCCCCCAAAACGACACCAUUCCAGACGAAGAACAAGCACAAGGCCACCACCACGCCUACCUCAAUGAAUGUCAGUCAUCGUCUCGCCGAGGAUGUCGCUCCCUCAAUCCCCUCCCGCCACCCUCGACAUUCCAGCCCCACGUGCACUGCGAAUCGUGCGACAAGUUUAUCGCGCGGCAGCAUAAGAUGCGGUACCAGCGGUUCUGCUGCGCGAUGGUGUCGCUGACGAUUAUCAUGGCGAUGGUGUGUGGGUUGUUAUUGGGGGUUGCGAUUGCGAAUGCAAAGGGAGAUGCGUAA